UUGUAACCGCGUUCACCGGUCGAUCACAUCGUUGUUGUUGUGUAUAUGUGGCACAAAUAAUAAACAAACAGUGUCCUAAUCAAAUAAAAUGUGAAAGUGCUAAAAAAGUGGUUAGUGCUACUGGUAGCAGCGAGGAAUGUGCGCAAGAGGGUGAAUGCAAUGAACAGCGGGCCCUUGCCCCCGGUACCGGGUCUAAUUCCUAUAUCGGCGCUUCGCAAAAGACCACCCUCGAAUAAUAACAUUGACGGGAAUUCGGACGGGGGCCUACCAGAGUGUGCCCCUUGUGCCUCCAACAGAGAGGUUAUGGGCGAGCAGCGCCCUCGACGGCGGUCGGGGAACCAGCCCGCCGUCGAACUAAUCGAUAACGCAGGGUCACGUGGCUCGAGCGCCGCCCCACAAGCUCUGCUCUCCCGGAAAGUGAGGCCGGAGCGUCACCGUAAAUCAGACAGACGACGCGAACGACACAAACUUACCAGAACUCGAUCGUGUAGUAAACAUUCGAAAUCUCGGGAAAUAAACAGUGAGCCGCCCCCCGUUCCGAUCAACCCCCGUGUCAAUCCGAUUUUUGUGUGGGUCCGGCAGGAAGACACCCGAAUCGUGGACGUAAAAUGCGAAGAUUACGACAAAAGAAACCGUAUCGUUCUUACCAAGACAGCGCAAGGCUGGCGUGCCAUUCCACGCACGGAAACCCUCGUGCCCACCCUGAAGGAGGCGGUUAAGGAUCAUCACCAUCACCACAAAAACAAACGCUCGAGGAAAAACAAAGUCCGAAGACGAUCCACAGGAGUACAGGUAUGUUCAGACAUAGAACAAGACUACGAAGAACCGGAACAACUGGAACCAGAAUGUGACAAAAAAUUCGACGAUAAACAAAUCGUAAGUUCUCCUCCAUGGAUGUCUAGCGAUAAUGUUAACAUAGAAUCUCUUUUACCGUCCCAUACAAUAAAAGUUAAGAGGUCAACAAGCCCGAACCAUUCUCCUAAACAAGAUUCGAAUGUAAACAGUGACGUAACUGAUUGCACGCAAACUCCGACUAUAAAGUGCAGUGCCGACAAAAUAUGUGACGUCAGCCCUCUAGAUAACUUAUUAGCUGUAGCAGAAUUAGAAUUUAAACAACAAAUCGAGUCUGAAGAAUGGAAUAAGACCACUCAGGACGAACCUACCGAAGACACGAUCGUUACAUUCAACAAUUUUGCACAGUCUGACGAAGAUAAAGAGUUCAUGAAAAACUUGGAAACUUUAAACAGUCUUAUCGACUCUGAAAAAUCUAAAUUGGAUUUGACGCAGAACGUCGAUGAUUCAAUAGAACCUAAAUCAGAGGAAUGCGACUAUAACGAUGACGACGACAACAACUUAGCAAUGGAUGACAUUCUUUCUAGAUUAGAACAAUCCCUAAGAAGCCCUGAAAAUACCGAGGCAAACAAUUGUGAUACAAAUACUAAAACCAAACCUAGGGAGGAUAAAAAAGAACAUACCGACAGUGAUAACGAAACAGACCUUAAAUCAGUACCUGAUUAUGAACAUUACUUCGAAGAAACCGAUCCAAAAAUUGAAGAACAAAAGGUAGACACCGAAGUAGAAAAUAUUAAACAAGAGCCAGAACCAAUAGAGAUAAUAGAUUUAGUAGAAUCCUCCACGAAUGAUGACGAAGAAGAUGAAACUCCAACCGAUUUGUCGAUAAAAGUAAGUGAACAAUGUACGAAUAUACAGGAUGAUGUUAGUAACGCUGAGGAACCCACGGAUUUAAGUGUGCCAAAAGCUUGUUUAAGUCCUAGACCACCGUCGCAAAAUUCUGAAACCAUUCAAUCUCCACAACCUAGUGGUAUUCCUGCUGUGCCACAAUCUCCAGAUAUCGUAUCAACAACUGUCAAUGUAAGUAACAAAACUAAAUCAAUAUUUUUAGAAUCAUUAUUAACUAAUACUACGAAAAAACUUGCUCUUAAUUCUGAAGUCACAAUAACAGCACAAAUGGAACCUUUAGAUCUUGGAAAAUGUCGCAAAUCUGCUAGUCCGACAAUUACAUGCUCCGAAGAAAUUAAUAGCUCAUUAUCUCAACUAGAACCACCAGCAAAAAAAAUUAAAUCAGUUGAUAUUACAUUAAAAAAUUUAUUGGAUGCUGAAUGCCAAAAUACGAACACAGAAAAGAAAAACGCAGAGAAAAAUAUGUCAACUGAAACUCCUAAAUUGUUGGAAUUACUACAAACUGAAUCAGAAGUAGAACCUUUAAUCCAAUUAAAACAAUUACUAUCUGAUCCAACAAUUGACGUACCAGAUCCAAUAUUGGUUCCAAAAGAACGAUUCAGCCAGAUUUUGUUACAUCCAGGCUCUGAAAUCCCUAAAUUGUUAAAAGAAAGACCUGAAUUACGACUACCUCAAGCGCUAGCAUAUCCUCACAUCAUGCAAGAUCCUAAUAUGCUGGUUAUAAAUAUUCAUCAUUUAGAAUCUAUUCUUUGUAACAAAAACUCAUUGCAAAAAGGAAAUAAACCAAGCAGUGAGGUUAAAGCUCAGGACAAGCAGGAAAAACAAAGUGAUAAAGCAUCUACGGAGACAAGUCAAGCUACAUCUGCGGCUACAAAGAAGAAACCGAAUGAAAGUACGUCAAAGUUGUCAGCUGAAGCUCAAACUAAGAUAUUUAAUGAACUGGCAAAUGAUAUAAAUGCUGCCACCCAGGCGGCUUUUAAUCAAAUGUCGUGGUUUCCAUAUAUGAAUCAAUUUGAAGCUAUGACACUACCAAAUAAUCCUGAAUUCAUGAAAAUGUUAAAUUCUCUACAUCUUCCUUUUUAUCUGAACCAAAUGAAUCAAAUGCCGGAAAUGUUUGCUAACGUGCGACCGCCUGCAUCAAUGGGAUUUCCGAUGCCGCCACCACCGAUGAACUAUGCUAAUCCGAUGGAGAUUAAUAUGUGGCAGGAAGCAAUGCUGAGGGCACAACUGUUGAAAAACAGACCAGUCGAUAAUGCAAAUAACGAACAAAACAUGUUUGCUAAUUAUUUCGAAAAAAUGAAUGCAACGAAUACUCAGUCUAGUAGAGCAAGUUCGUCUAACAACUGUAUGAAUCCGAGAGCACAAAACUUCAAUAAACCACAGAGCUAUUCGAACCAGUAUUACAAAAACGAUCAAACGUCUUUCCAUAGUCCUUAUUCGAAUCAUAAUUAUCAAGCAAAAUCGUCACAUCAAAUCAACCAGAAACACGCUACGAACCAAAAACUUCAAAGUUCGAUGCCUGCGAAAAGUUCUACGAAUUUUCCUCAUCAGAUGAACCAUCAAAACUUCGCUAACUUGUAUUCGCAAAUGACUGACAUGGAGAAACAUCAGUACAUGCAGAAUCUGAACAACGUCACUGCACAGCAAGAUCAGUUCCAUCAAAACUUCCAGAACUUUAUGCGAAAAGAUCAUGUAUCACAGAAGCAGAAAAUGCCGAGUAAAUCUCUUUCUAACUCUCAUCAGAAGUCACUUGCUCAUCAAGAGGCUCCUCAUCAUCGAGAAAAGAGUCAUCCUGUUGUGAAUGAUGGGACAAAGCCACAUACGAACCAGCCUAUUGAUCUUUCAGGUUCAAUGACUGGCGCUAAGCUCAAGGUUAAACAGCAUCUGAUUGAUCCAACGAAUACCCCCAAGUUAUUGAAGCAGCAUGAUGACGUUCCUGAAGUAGGAAGUACCACGGCGAGUAUAGAGGAAAUGCAGGAUGCCCACAAGCAUUUAUGGCACCCCUUAUUUGGCAAGUGA